AUGUUCGCUCCACCAAAACUCUCGGAACUCUGCUCAAAAAUCUUGACCGAACUUCCACCGCCAGAAAAUUUAAUUACGCAAAAAAAGAACGGGCAACUACCGACAAAGUCUCCAAGUGCGUUUAUUAUCUAUCGUUCGCUAUACGUCAAGAAGCUUAGAAGUCAAGGCUAUAGGUUUCAGCAGCGUUGUUUCUCAGCAGUAGCCACAAAAGCAUGGGAUCAAGAAUCCAGCGAUUUUAAAACGGAAUUCCGAAAGUACGGCCAUAGUGUUCGGUGUACGCUAGCGGGCUUGAAAAAGAAAAAGCCAUGUAAUAAUAUCUCUAUUAGAAAUAUAAAAAAGAAAGCGGAAGAACAGGCAAUGUGCA